AAUCGAUCGGUCGAUUAGGUGUUAAAAAAGUUAAAAAAGGUACAAAAAGUAUAUUUCGUAUAUUGCCAUUCUUUUGUGUUCUUUAUUGUUCUGAAAAAAUAUAUCAUGAAGGACUUUUUGGAAAACGACAAGAUCGUUAUAACGGGUAUUUCGGGAAAGUUUCCGCAGUGUGAGAAUGUCGAAGAGUUCAAAGAAGCGCUUUUAAAUGGAGUAGAUUUAGUAAAGGAGGACAGUACAAGAUAUCCAGCAGGAAUAUGGGGAGUUCCCAAAAGAGCUGCCACUGUUUUAAAUAUAGACAAAUUUGAUACGGCCUACUUUGGCAUCCAUCCUAAGCAGGCAACUUGUAUGGAUCCAAGACAACGAAUACUUUUAGAAACAGUAUAUGAAAGUAUAAUUGAUGCCGGCUAUAAUCCAAAAGAACUAAGAGGUUCCAAAAUUGGAGUCUAUGUUGGAAUAAGUAAUUUUAGCAAAUAUGAAGAAUUCAACGCGCAGUCCUACACGAGUGGCUACACCAACAUCGGUCUUAGCUUAUCAAUAGCUGCUAACAGAAUAUCGUAUUGUUUUGAUUUUAAAGGACCAAGUUUUGUGUUAGAUUCAGCAUGUUCAAGUUCUUCUUACGCGUUUGUCUGCGCCAUCAAAGAUAUGCUGUUAGGUGAAACUGACGGUGCUAUAGUAUGUGGUACACAUUUGAUUCAACAUCCUUUUGAAACAGUUGAGUUUAUGAGGUUGAAUAUGUUAUCGCCAGAAGGAAAAUGUAAAGUUUUUGGAACUGACCGAAACGGAUAUGUCCGAGCAGAAAGUAUAGUUUCUUACUUUUUGCAAAGAGAAAGUAAAAGUAGAAGAAUAUAUGCCACAGUUCUUGGAGCUAAAUCUACUGAAGACGGUUACAAGAAAGAAGGAAUUACAUUACCUACUGCUGAAGAACAAUAUGUUUUAAUGAAAGAACUAUACGAGUCAAUAAAUAUGGAUCCAAAUGAAAUUCAGUUUGUUGAGGCACACGGUACUGGUACCCUGACUGGUGAUAUAGCCGAAUGCGAAGCUCUUGCAAAAUACCAUUGCCAAAAGAGAACAAAACCUCUACUUAUUGGAGCUGUUAAAUCUAACAUGGGCCAUUCAGAAAUUGCGUCAGGGAUGUGUUCUUUAACAAAAGCUAUUAUUGCUAUGGAAACAGGCAUUAUACCAGCAAAUCUUCAUACUGAAUCCAUAGAUAAUUCCCUACCUGGAAUUAGGGAUAACAAAAUUAAGGUAAUUACAAAAAAUACUAAAUUUAACGGCGGAAGUAUUGGAGUAAAUUGUUUUGGAUUCGGAGGAGCAAAUACACACAUCAUUAUAGAUUCCAAUAAAAACGAGAAAUCUGUCUUAAAACAAAAACGUCCCAAAUACCGUUUAGUUCAGGUUUCAGGAAGAACAGAAGAAGCAGUUUUACAUUUUUUAGAAGGCGUUGAAAAGAACCAAGACGAUUCAGAAUUUUUAGCCAUGGUAAACGAGAUUCAUAAGCUUAAUGUAGAUGGACACAGUUACAGAGGAUAUAUAGUAUUGGGAGAUAGCCCGACUAAAGAAGUUGAACGAUAUAAUAAACAACGUCCAAUAUGGUUCGUAUAUACUGGUAUGGGAUCACAGUGGAACCAAAUGGGCAAAGACUUAAUGAAUAUCCCUGUUUUUAAAAACACCAUAAACCGUUGCGCUAAAGUGUUAGCGCCUUAUGGGGUCGAUUUAAUAAAUAUUAUUACAAGUGAGGAUCCAUCAGUGUUUGACGACAUUACUAACUGCAUUUCUGCUAUAGGAUGCAUAGAAUUUGCUUUAACGGACGUUUUAUUCUCACUAAACAUUUAUCCCGAUGGAAUAUGUGGUCAUUCUCAAGGAGAAGUUGGUUGCGCUUAUGCAGAUGGACAUAUUUCUUGUGAACAGGCAGCUUUAUUAGUGUACUCUAGAGGAUACGCUUCAACAACUUGUAAAACAAUUCCAGGACAAAUGGCAGUUAUAGGAUUAUCUAAAGAAGAGAUAACCAAAAUGCUUCCAGAAGGAGUUUUUAUUGCUUGUCAAAAUGCCAGGGAUAAUGUCACCAUAUCCGGUACUCUUGAAACAACCAAAGCUUUCGUAGAAAAAUUAUCAGCACAAGGAAUUUUUACAAGAUUGCUCAAAUCAGCGGAAAUACCUUUCCACACUAAAUAUUUAGCAGAAGCUGGGAAGUUUCUUCUAGAAUUUUGUAAAAACGUUAUACCGGAUCCUAAACCUCGUAGUAAAAAGUGGAUAUCAAGUUCCGUUCCAUUAAAUAAGGAACACGAAGAAUGGGCACAAUACAAUUGCGCUGAAUAUCAUUACAAUAACUACUGCAAUCCUGUACUGUUUGAUCAAGUCUAUCAUCACAUACCAGAGGAUGCAAUUGUUCUAGAAGUAGCUCCUCACGGUUUAUUGCAAACAAUUUUGAAGAGAGAGAUGGGAAAUGAAACUACACAAAUUAGUAUUACCAAUCGAUCGAGCGAUGAUAAUGAAAAGUUUUUCCUCUCAGCUAUAGGAAAACUUUAUCUUGCUGGAGGGCAACCAAAUUUGAGGAACUUAUAUAACGACGUUACAUUUCCUGUUAGUCGUGGAACCAAAAUGAUAUCACCUCUCGUAAAAUGGGACCAUAGUGUAACAUGGUUUUCGGGAAUAUAUAAACAUAAAGAUUAUUUUGGUAAAUCGUUAACGGUUAGUCUAUCAGAUGAGCAAUAUGCUUACCUAGAGGGCCAUGAGAUUGAUGGAAGAAUAUUAAUGCCGGCAACUGGAUAUUUGGAUUUAGUCUGGAGUGUUGUUGCUGAGUUUCAUCUAAAACCCAAAUGUGAAUUACCGAUUAUAAUGGAAAAUAUUAAAUUUAAACGAGCAACUGUACUAACAGCUGACGAUGGAGUAACAUUUCUUAUAAACGUUUUAAAACAAUCGGGAUAUUUUGAAAUAUUUGAGGGUGGAUCCGUUGUGUGUUCAGGAUAUAUACGAAUACCCAAAGAUAUAUCAUCAGAAUUUAUAGAGAAAGAAUGCCCAGAACUACCACAGGAGAAACAAGUAAUUUUAAAAUGUGAAGAAUUGUAUAAAGAGUAUCAGUUAAGAAGAUAUAAUUAUAAAAAUUAUUUUAAAGGAAUUAGUCAAUGUGACUUAUAUGGUAGAAGAGGCAAAGUGCAAUGGAAAGGAAACUUUUGUAGUUUUUUUGAUACAAUGUUACAAAUAGAGUUGAUGAAUACAUAUUCUAGAGAAUUACUUCAUCCAACUAGUAUACAGCAAAUGACUAUAGAUCCGAUAAAGCACCUAAAAAUGAUCAACAAAUACAAUCAAGAUCUACCUGUCUUCUUUAAUGCUGCUCUUAAGUUAAUAAAAUGUGGAGGUGUAGAAAUUAUUGGAUCGGCACAUUCUAAAGCUUCAUAUCGUCAAAGGUCACAAGAGCUCCCUUAUUAUGAAACUUACAAUUUCGUUAAUUAUAGUGGAGUUAAUAGAAGUGAUUUUGAUUUAGAAACAACAAUGGCAGUAGCAAUGCAAAUAAUCUUGCAAAAUAAUCCAGGUCGCGUUAAGCAGAUACGUAUAUGUGAGAUAAUAUCAAAUACGGAUGAUGUAAAAAGUGAUCAUAUUAUUCACAAUAUUAUAGCCAAACAGAUACACAGUGAAAUUACAUAUUCUACGUGUCCAUUAGAAAAUUUAAUAAAUAAACAUCACGCAAUUAUCGUUAACGAAAAAGAAGUAUCGCCCGAAAAUUUGAACACAAUAGUAAAGAAUUUGACAGAAAACGGUUUUAUUCUUUUUGAAGGUAUAUUUGAAGCACAUAGAAAUAGAUCUUUGGAAAUCAUUUUUGAAUCACUUUGUGAUAAACAUAGUGUUUUUCUAUUAAAACCUACAUCUGAUCUACCCAAGGAUUAUACUGUAUUAAACAUAAGUAACAGUAACUUUUGUUGGUUGGAAAAUUUAAAGAUUUUAGAUGAAUCCAACGAGGCAAAAAUCGUAUACUUGGUCAGCGAAAAUGAAGAUGCUAGUGGACUAGUAGGUUUAACCAAAUGCUUAUUAACUGAAACUACUAAACUGAAAUUUUGUUCUGUGUUAAUUGACCAAAAGGCAAUGAAGUUUUCUGUCGAUGAUCCUUUUUAUAAAAAUCAGAUCAAAAAUAAUCUGACUUUUAACAUUCUUAGAAACAAUAACUGGGGUACUUAUGUGCACGUACCUUUAAAAGAAUUAAGAAAAAAAAAUGUUGGAAAUGCUGCUGUUAAUCUAAAUAAUCUUGGAGAUUUGUCUACGUUGGAUUGGAGUGAAAAACAAUUUGAAGGGAUAAGAGUAUUUGAUGAAUCGGAACUGGUUUAUGUGUAUUAUUCUGCUCUUAAUUUUAAAGACGUAAUGUUGGCAACUGGUAAACUUGUGAUAGAAGGAAUCGAAAGCAUCCCAACCUUAGAUUGGCGUAUUGGAAUUGAAUAUGCUGGAAUAACGCUUAAAGGUAAACGAAUAAUGGGUAUUGUUAUGGGAGAUGCGUUAGCAUUGCAAGUUCAAAAUGAUCCAUAUUUUACGUGGGAAGUACCAAAACAAUGGAGCUUAAGGGAUGCCUGUACCGUCCCUUGUGUAUAUUCAACAUGUUACUAUGGUUUAAUAAUCAGAGGUCAGCUACAGCCCGGAGAUUCGAUACUAAUACACGCUGGAGCAGGAGGAAUUGGAUUAGCCGCUAUCAAUAUUGCCUUAUCUAUGGAUUGUGAAGUAUACACUACCGUCAGUACGAAAGAAAAGAGACAAUUUUUAAAAAAUACUUUUCCGUCUCUCAAAGAUAUAAACAUAGGAUAUUCACGAGAUAAAUCUUUUGAAAUCAUGAUAAAAGAAAAUACCAAUGGAAGAGGUGUAGAUGUAGUACUAAACUCUUUAUCGGAUACUUUGUUUCAAGCAUCAAUCAGAUGUUUAGCUGAAGGAGGAAGAUUUUUAGAAAUAGGCAAAGUGGAUUUAACAAAUUCAUCUGCGAUACCCACUAACAUGUUUCUUAAAAAUAUUUCUUUUCAUGGAGUACAUUUAGAUCAAUUAUUAUAUCCACAGAAUAAUUUUAAACUUGAUAUUCAGCAGCUGGUAGCAAAAGGUAUUGUUGAUGGUGUUGUUAAACCUUUACCAAGUAUUUUAUUUGAAGAAAGUAAUAUAGAGUCCGCAUUCAGAUUUUUGGCGUCUGGUAAACACAAAGGAAAAGUAGUGGUGGAAAUUCGUAAAGAAGAACUUUAUCCUAUAAAUAGACCUAUAAGAAGUAUAUCCGCAACUCCUAAACUAUGUCUAAACUCGCAGGAAUCUUACAUUAUAAUAGGAGGUUUGGGUGGAUUUGGUUUGGAGUUAACAGGAUGGUUAAUUCAGAAAGGUGCUACUAAGAUAAUUAUAAAUUCCAGAAGAGAUGUGCUAGAUGGAUUACAGUCGUAUUAUUUUAAAAAGUGGCUAAGUUAUAAAAAUAUAAUCGUAAAAAUAGAUACUAGUGAUACUAGUACUGAGAAAGGAGCGGAGAAUUUAAUUAAUAUUGCUCAAGAGUUGGGUCCUGUUGGAGGUAUUUUUAACUUAGCUGUAAUACUAAGAGAUGAAUUACUCUCAAAACAAACAAGAGAAAACUUUCAUGAUGUAUUUAAGCCUAAAAUCAUAUCAGUUCAAAAUAUGGACAAAUGCAGCAGAAAACUUUGUCCGGAUUUAAAAUACUUUGUAGCAUUCUCGUCCGUUACUAGUGGAAGAGGAAAUAUUGGUCAAAUGAACUACGGAAUGGCUAAUUCAGCAGUGGAAAUGUUAUGUGAGAAACGCAAAAGGGACAAGCUACCAGCAUUGGCUAUUCAAUGGGGACCUAUCGGUGAGGUGGGAGUUUUACAAAAAUUGGGAGUCGAAGAAAAAGAAUUAAUCGGCCUCUUACCCCAGAAAAUAGAGUCAUGUUUAAACUCUCUGGAAAGGUUAAUGUUGGACACACAUACUAUUGUAUCUAGUGUAGUACCUGGUAAAAAACAUGACAAAGCAAGCAUGGAAACCACCAAAAAGCCAAUAGAUGCAGUAGCUCAUAUUUUAGGAAUAAAAAAUAUCGAUGUGAUUGAUAAAUCUCUUACUUUGUCACAACUUGGACUGGAUUCUCUUAUGCUGACAGAAAUUAAGCAAACUUUAUAUCGAAACUUCAAUAUAGAUUUAAGUUCUGAAGAGAUUCGAGAGUUAACUUUGAACACUCUACUUACGGCAGAUUCCACUGAUAAAGAAGAUAUUCCUGUAAGUGUUCAGUCGGAAGCCAAUACAUAUAUUUUGUCUGAUGAAUCACUUUUGAAAUUAAAAACGUCAGUCAGUUCAAAUAUGAAAAUUUUUUUAAUACAUCCAAUUGAGGGUCAAGUCAAUAUUUUAAAACCAAUGGCAAGUAAAUUAAAUGCAACAGUUUAUGGUCUUCAGGCUACAGGUGACAAUAUGGUGAACAUAAUGAGUGAUUUAGGAAAGUAUUUUAUUAAAAAAAUUAGGGAGGUGCAACCAAAGGGACCAUAUUAUUUAUGUGGCUACUCAUAUGGAUGUGCUUUGGGUACUGAGAUAGGCAUACAAUUGGAAAAUGCUGGUGAAAAAGUUGAAAUUGUAUUCAUUGAUGGUUCACCAUCAUAUGUCCAUGAAGUUUUAAAAAAAUCACAUCUAAUCAAAGAUAAUUCUGUUGAUGACUCCAAAGUGGCCAUUUUGGAAUUUUUCUGUACGACAUUUCAGAUCGAACAAAAAGAGGUAACAAAAUGUCUGAACAACACACCUAGCUUUGAAAAGAAACUAGAAAGUGUUAGUGAACUGAUUUCCAAAAUAUCAGGUGUAGAAAAGUUAAAAGUUUUAACGUCCGCAGAUUGUUUUAUUAAAAGAAUAGAAGCAGGUUUCUUCUAUAAACCGUCCGUGAAGUUAUCAGGAAGAAUAUUAUUAAUAAGAAGAAAUGAUAAUCCCUUUACGACUGAAGAUUAUGAUCUUAAUAAAGUUUGUAAGCAAUUGGUCGAUGUUUUUAAAAUUGAUGGAGAUCACAAAUCAAUGUUAUUAGGAAAUAAUGCACAACGAGUAGCAGAUAUAAUUAACACGUUUUAUAAACUCUAAUGUAACUAGUUUGUGCUCUUAAAUUUAGAAAUUAUAUAAUUUGCUUCU